AUGAAAGAGGCGGGGGAAGAGGAGAUAGACUUCAACGUCCGAGAAACCCGCAAGACGACCGAGUGGAAGAUAGGGGACGCGAUAGAGAGGCUGUUGCCGACGCCGAAGCCGGCCGUUCGCCGCGAACCACUACACCCGAAUCGGGUCUACGUGGAGGGAGCUUUAGAGGUUGCUCACUUAGGGACGGGCGGCUUUCUAGUGAAGGCCUUCGCGCGCGACUACCAAGCUCGACGCAAACCCGCCAGCACUAUCGAUAUCAAGCGCAACACGAAGACUCCCAUCGUCGGGGACCGUAUCCGAUUCUAG